UCUUUAGCACAAGAACCCACGGGACGCUUUUUGUGCGAUCAUUAACGGAAUUUUCGGAGACUAUUUUAACGGAUUUUAAAGCUAAUUUGGCGCUAAGCAUUAGCUACUUUUUAAUGCCAGUUCGCGAUAAUUAUUGUGUAUCUAUUUACACCGAAAUAGGCAGCUGAAUUGUGCAUUAAAGUGUCAUUGUUUUUCGCAAAAAGGUUACACACUUGCUGUUUCGGUCGUUGUUUCUAUUUAUUUUGGCCCACAGCAAAAAAGAGAAGAGAUUUCCGUACCGAGUCAUGUCGAUGGCCGCGGAGAAACGAGCCUCCUUUGCUCGCCGUGCCGAGAGUCUGGUGGAGAGGGUGAGAAUUAUGAAUACCAUCUAUGAGAAAUAUAAUAUCAGCACCGAAAAAUGCGGCGAUUUGACCGUAAUUGUACAGGGCGAUCUAUCGCAGCAGGAGAAACGUGCCGUAUUUAUAACCGUUCAUGAUUUGGGCUGCAAUCAUAACUCCUUUCAGGAAUUUGUAAGCAGCCCAUCCAUGACGGAAAUUAAGGAGCGCUCAUGUUUCAUACACGUCGAUGUGCCCGGUCAUGCUGAUAAUGCCGAUGCCUUGGCCGACAAUUUUCCAUUUCCAUCUUUGCAAGCUUUGGGUGAGGAUUUAGUCACCGUUUUGGACUAUCUGCAUGUGAAGUAUGUGAUUGGAUUGGGCGAGGGGGCGGGAGCCAAUGUAUUGGCCCGCUUUGGCCUGGCCCAUCCAAGUCGGGCAUUGGGCCUGAUUCUAAUCAAUGCCACGGGCAGUGCAGCCAGUGUUUUACAGUCAUUCAAGAACAAGUUCAUUAGCUGGAAAACUGAUGAGGUGGCCCAAUCAGCUGAAAGCUUUCUAAUGUAUCACAAAUUUGGGCAUGUUAUGGAGCAAAUUGUCGGUGAGAAUCCCGAUAAGGAAAAAAUUGUGGCUGAAUAUCAGAAGCGUUUGCAUCGUUCGCUCAAUAGCAAGAAUGUUGGGCUCUAUGUCAAGGCAUUUAUGAAUCGCAAGGAUCUAACUCUAAAGGGUUGCAAAGUGGACGUCAUUUUGAUUACUGGCAUGCUAAGUCCCUAUGCCUCAAUGGUUGAGAAACUGCAUCGAGAUGUGGAGAAGGAGCGUGUCACCAUAUUGAAAAUUGAACGUGCUGGAGACGUUUUGGCAGAUGCUCCUGGUAAAGUGGCGCAAUCGAUCUUGUUAUUCUGCAAAGGACAAGGUCUACUUACCUCGGUGGUAAUGCCAGGAGUAGAUCGUGGACGAGCCUUCUCCACCGCCAGUUCGGGAUCCUUUGAGAGCGCCAAUGGUUCGCGACGUUUGUCGCGAGGAAUUUCUAUGGAAGAUUACGAUAAGCCCAACAUAAGGCGACUCAGCAUUAUGAACAGUGAGUUGUUGCCCAAGAAGGAGUAAUACGUUUAAACACUGCUUCAGCUUCAGCCGCAGCUGUAGACAACAGCGUCAAAUUGAAUUACAUAAUUAUUAGAAAAAUUACCUUUAGUCUCACCUGAACACAACACACACACACACACUCAAACGCAAUGUAUUUUCUAAUAAUUUAGUCCAAUUAUUAAAGAAUUGUAAUAUGCCAA